AUGAAAAAGUAUGAAAAAGAUCAAAUGCAAAAGGAAAGCACGCUCAAAAACGAAAUACAGGACUUAAAAUGUCGCAGUAUGCGAGAUAACCUUCUGUUCCACAUGGUCGCCGAGGAGAGGGACGAAAAUUGCGAACAAAAAGUUCUCAAAUUAAUCGAGGAUAAACUUAAUAUCCCAAACGCCUCAAAUGACAUAAGGAUCCAGCGCAUAGGCGCUUACAAUGCAGCCAAGACGCGACCGAUCGUCGACAAAUUCGCAUUCUACCCGGAUCGAGAUCGGAUACGCCAGGCAGCCCGCCAAGUCAAGGACGGUUCCAUCGGGGUUUCCGAGCAGUUCCCGAGGGAGAUCAUGGAAAAGCGCCGGAAGUUCAUCCCAGCGAUGCUUAAAGCUCGUGAGGAGGGGAAGGAAGCAUCAUCAGGGUCGACAAACUUUUCAUCAAUAAGGGUCUCUAUAGAGACGGUGAGUAGGACUGUGGUGAGGAUGUGCUAA